AUGGAAAAAAUCCUUAAAAUUACAUUCCCUUCUUCCAGAUCGUUGUCGCAACUUCAAAAGAUGGUCCAUGAUAUUAAGAACAAUGAAGGUGGAAUAAUGAACAAAAUUAAAAAGCUGAAAGGCAAAGCCCCUCCCAGCGUUCCUCAAAGGGACUAUGCUUCAGGGUGCGCUGCUGAUGAAGAGGACCAGUGGUCAGACGACUUCGAUAAUGAUUAUGAAAAUCCAGAUGAGCAUUCGGACUCAGAGAUGUACGUGAUGCCGGCGGAGGAGAACGGGGAUGACAGUUAUGAGCCCCCUCCAGCCGAGCAGGAGAUGAGGAUGGUUCACCCAGCCCUGCCCUUUGCCAGGGGCGAGUACGUAGAUAAUCGUUCAAGCCAGAGACAUUCUCCUCCCAUCAGCAAGACCCUUCCCAGUAAGCCCAGCUGGCCAUCAUCAAAAGCAAGGCUCUCCUCCACUCUGCCAUCCUCCUCUUCUCUUCAGAAGCCUCAAGUCCCACCUAAGCCCAAAGAGCUACUGGAGGAUGAGGCUGAUUAUGUAGUUCCUGUCGAAGAUGAUGAUGAAAAUUAUAUUCAUCCCACAGAAGGCAGUUCACCUCCACGUGAGAAAGCUCCCAUGGUGAACAGAUCAACCAAACCAAGUAAGUCUUCACCAGCCUCUCCACCAGCACUAGCUUCAGGUCGAAACAGUGGGAUCUGGGAGUCCACGCUACCAUGUUCACCUGUAGCACCAUGUCCACUACCAAGAGCUGGAAAGAAGCCAAUUGCAUCACUGAAGGCAGCACCAAUUACCUCUCAACAAAAUGCAUCAAGUGCUUGUGAAGGAAAGCCUAUUCCUGCUGAACGUCAUCGAGCGUCUAGUCACAGACAAGAGGCGGGACAGUCACCAGUGUUGACCCCUGUCCAGAAGCAAAUUCAUCAAAAACCCAUACCUCUGCCAAGAUUUCCAGAAGGGGGAAGUCCAACAGUAGAAGGACAAUUACCCAACUUCACGUCUAAUUUCAGUUUGUCAGAACAGGAAGCUGAUGUUCACUGUAAACCAUGGUAUGCUGGUGCCUGUGACCGCAAGUCUGCUGAAGAGGCUUUGUACAAGUCAAACAAGGAUGGAUCAUUUCUCAUUCGGCAAAGCUCGGGUCAUGAUUCCAAACAACCUUAUACCUUAGUUGUAUUCUUUAACAAGCGAGUAUAUAAUAUUCCUGUGCGAUUUAUUGAAGCCACAAAACAGUAUGCUUUGGGAAGAAAGAAAACUGGUGAAGAGUACUUUGGAAGUGUUGCAGAAAUAAUCAAGAAUCACCAACACAGUCCUCUGGUUCUCAUCGACAGUCAGAAUAACACAAAGGAUUCCACGAGACUGAAAUAUGCAGUUAAAAUUUAA